AUGGCCAUGGAAGCUCACAGCCUCCGGUUCGUCAGGUGCCCCAAAUGUCACCAGCUCCUCGUCGAGUACCCCUCCAUUCCUGUCUACAAGUGCGGCGGCUGCGGUACAGUUCUCAGAGCGAAACAUCGGACUGCCCCUGCAGCACGAGCUGGUUUGGAAUCUAGGGAGCGCAGCACCGGCUCUCCAUGUAGCCUGAAGGGAUCCUCUAUCCAGAGUAGCGGAUCAAUCUGCUCGGGCGAACAGAGAGCUGUGUCCUCUGUUGAUCGGCCUCAUGAGGCCACGCCUCAUGGAAGCGUGUCCUCCACUGCCAACAACAUCGACUCCUGUGAUGGUGCAGUCCAUGAAAGAACUAUGUCUGCUGAAGAUAGUGAUGUAACCCAUGCCAAGCAUCCGAACGAGGACAUGUGCUCCUUAACUGAUGAUGGGAAUAUCCAAAACUCUGGGGUUAUGGUCAAAGAGAGAGAGACACAUGGUGAAGACGCUGGGGCUGGUUCUGGUUCGGAUUUGACUGAAAGAGGCGAGAAUGUUGACAGUGGUGAAAAGGCCAAUGGAGGCAAAAUCGGUGAUAUUGGCACUAGUGAACUAAGCAUGACACUGUAUGAGAAAAGCCAGGCUGCUCACAGGGAGGAGAAGCCGCGCACGUAUGAAGGCAUGCAUGUUGAGUCUCACAAAGCUCUGAUCGAAGAGUUGGAGAGGUCUCUUUCAUUUAGUAGUGAUGAUGAAUACUUCUCGGACGAAGCAGAAAGCAGCGGGCUUAGUGAUGCUCUGCAUAACCAAAUGGGUAGCCGCAGGUUCAGAGUGAAUGAUGCCCCCCGAAGCGAUCCACAUGGUCGAUUGAUUGAAGAACUAGAGAUGUCUUUCAGCGAUGAAGAAGAGCCAUUGGAGCAGCAUGGGAUGGGUGCAGGUAGAGUUCAUGGAAAUGUGCUUGACAAGGAUCCACAGGCCCUGGGUGCUAAAAGUGCACAUCCAUGUGAAGAAAGCCUCUCAUCAUUUGGCAGUGGACAUCUCAAAUCUGAACAAACUUCUCACCAGGAAAGCAGGGCAAUAAGAAAUGGCAAUCAAGGAAAUGAGCGUAUUGAAGAUAACAACAAUACUGCCAACUCUGUUCAUGGGAGUGAGCAUAUUGUGAUUGCCGACGAUGAAAUUGCAGAGAGAUUCCAUGAGAAAGAGCAUGGUAAGGAUUGCCAGCCUGCAAACACAGAAAGUGCAUAUCCUUUUGAAGGAAGGACCUCUUUAGUCGAUGAUGGCAGCAUCGAGGUUAAGCAAAGUUUUCAACUAAAUGACCUGACAUCAGAUGUCAAUCGAGAAAUGGAAGAUGACAAGAUAGCCAAUGAUAAUCUUGUGCCUGCAGAUUCCCAUGAGAAAGAGCAUGGGAGUGAUAAUCUUGUCCUUGUGCCUGCAGAUGAAGACAUUGCAGAGACAGUUUGUGUAAAUGAAGAGCUAACAGCAGAUGGCACUCAGGAAAUGGAAGAUUGCUACAUGGAAAAUGACGAAAUGACCAAUUGUGUGCAUGGCAAUGAUAUUUCUAUGCUUGCAGAUGAAAACAUUGCAGAGAGAGUUCAUAGGAAUGAAGAUUUAACAACUGAUGUCACUCAGGAAAUGAAAGAGGGUUCUAUGGAAGACGUCAACAUGACCAACUGUGUUUAUGUCAGUGAUAAUCUUGUAUUUGCAGAUGAAGACACUGCAGAGAGAGUUCAUGGAAAUGAAGAGACAGCUGAUGGCACUGAAGAAAAUGAAGAGAGCUGUAUGGAAAAUGAAAAUGUGAAUGUUGCUGUUGCAGAUGAGGACAUUGCAAAGAAGGUUCAUGAGAAUGAGCAUGGUAAGGAUCGACAGUCCCUGGAGGACGAAAGUGCACAUCUGUAUGAAGGAGUCAUCACUUCAUUCAGUGCCGGAUACUCCAAAUCUGAACAAAAUUUUCAACAAGAUGAGCCAAUACUUGAUGCCACUGAAGAAAAGGAAGAGGAUUUUAUGGAAGAUGGAAAUACGGCCAGCUGCAUUCAAGAAAACAGGGCAGCUGUUGCUAGGUUCUCAAGCUUGCCAAAUAAGAGGAAUCAGUCCAAGUUAGCUAGCUUUAAUAAGAACAAAGAACAAAUGACCUACAGGCCUAGAGGUAGCCAGCUUCGUCAGGGACGGUCACUUGAUUCCGAAGAUUUCCACUCAAUUCAAAACUUUAUGGAGUCACAAAUGGAUGAUACCUCAAGUUCUCUCUCAAGUGGGUCUCCCAGUCGAGGCGAUUUGAAGGGCUCGGAGAGAAGUUACCAGAAGAGAGGCCUAGAGUACCAGCAACAAUCCAAUAGCUAUGAUGUUGAGCACCAUCUUCAAAGUGUUGAUGGUGAUUCCGUUCCAAGUUCCUGUGCUCUAGAAUCCUAUUAUGGUCAUGGAAGGCCGCCAAGGUACCCACCACCAAAUCCUUUCUCUCCAACCCAUACAUACACACAUUGCCAUUUUGGACAUGCUCAAACACGCCUACCACACAAUUAUGACCCAUGGGAGUUCAAUUCAUAUUAUCAGUCCUCGUACGCUGAAAGUACAAUUCUGGACCAUGAAUCACUUAGGUCAAGUUACAAGGAGCAGAAACGAGUGGUGAGAAAGCAUAUUUUGCGGCCUCUGUCAGGUGCUUCCCCAUUCACUAUCUGCAAUAGCUGUUUCAAUUUGGUUCAAAUGCCAUCAGAUAUCUACAUAUCAAAAGCAAAGGUUGGCAAAAUGCAAUGUGGCAAGUGCUCCAAGGUUCUGGCAUUAUCAUUUCCUGCAGUAUACAAUGCAAAUGCAAAGAGUAGUGUGGAUGUGGCCCAAGAGUCGUACAACCUGGAUGAUAGCAUAGUCGCUAAAAAUGAUGAUAUUGCUUCUUAUUAUGCUGAGUGCCUCACAGGGGGUCCUGUUAGUAUCAGUGAAGAUUAUGGAGCAUCGUACACAAGAAGCUUGCCUACUCAAGCUGGAUCUAGUAGCCUUGCUGCUACAAAAAGUGGCAAGAAUGUUUCUGACUCGGCACUCCAUCGACUCAUGGGUUAUGAUUCAGCUAGCCAGUUGUUACGUCACAGCAGGGUGUUUGAAGAUGGAUAUGAGAGCUUCGAGUCAAUGGUGCCAGUUUCCAGCAGAGUAUCCAGAAGAAAGAACAAAUAA